UCGAUAACUUUUACUACACAUAAAUCAAACUUUCCUUAGUGCAUUUUUGUAUCUCAAAGCUUUGGUAUAAAAAGGAAGAAAGCAGCGAAACUCGCAUACUGCUUCGAUGUGCAGCAGCUGUACUCUACUUGUUGAGAUCCUAAUUUCAAUUUUACCUGAAAGAACGCAAGCGCUCAGCUCUGCGAAAUAGAGAGAAACCCAAUUUGUAUAAAUAAACAAUGGCGAUCGCGUCCCCCUCUGCUCCCAGUUGUUGCUGUACUACUCGUACUGGGUCCGCCUACCGGCGCUUCUCACAACCCAUUUCGACAUGGGCAGGGGCGAAAGUCCAAUGUCGGGUCGUGGCCCGGCCAGUGAUCGCGUCCCGGCUAAACGCCUCUUCGGAUGGGGAGCUCGUAUACGAGCUCAAUUACAGCCAACGCCUCGGGGGCGGGGCGUUCCCGGUGUACGUAAAGCUGCCGGUGGACGUGAUUGGCCCCACGGCGCAGACGAUGAGGCGGAAGAAAGCCAUGGCGCAAUCAUUCCGGGCGCUGGCGGCGGCGGGAGUGGAGGGGGUGGUGAUGGAAGUGUGGUGGGGGCUGGUGGAGAGGGAAUUUCCUAGAAUCUACAAUUGGCAAGGGUAUUUGGAGAUUGUAGAAAUGGCGAAGCGUUUUGGGCUGAAAGUCCGCGCUGUGAUGGCAUUUCAUCAGUGCGGGUCAGGCCCUGAUGACUUAUUCUGGAUUCCUCUCCCUUUGUGGGUGCUUGAAGAAAUGGAUAAAGAUCCAGAUGUAUCAUAUGCGGAUAGGUUUGGGAGGAGGAGUAUGGAAUACAUUUCUCUGGGAUGUGAUGUUCUACCUGUUCUGCAUGGACGAACACCAAUUCAAGCAUAUGCUGAUCUCAUGAGGAGCUUCAGGGAGACAUUCAGAUCAUUUCUUGGCGGCAUUAUAACUGGGAUUCAAGUUGGACUAGGUCCCGGUGGUGAACUAAGAUAUCCUUCAUGCCCUACUCAAAAGUUAACUCAGGCUCUACGUUCUGGUGAAAUUGGUGAAUUUCAAUGCUAUGACAAGUAUAUGCUUGCAUCUCUGCGUGCCUGUGCAUGCAAGAUAGGAAUGCGAGAGUGGGGAUAUGGAGGUCCUAUUGAUGCCAGCAGUCUAAUGCAAAAUCCUGAAAGUACAGAAUUCUUCCGAAGUGAUGGUUCUUGGAAGACGCCAUAUGGAGAGUUCUUCCUUGAAUGGUACUCAGGCAUGCUGCUUUUGCAUGGGGAAAGGAUCUGUAGGGAAGCAGAGACCAUUUUCCGCGGUAAUGAAGUAAACAUGUCAGGAAAAGUUGGUGGGGUUCACUGGCAUUAUGGCACUCAAUCUCACCCCGCAGAGUUAACAUCUGGAUACUACAACACUUCAGCUAGAGAUGGAUAUCUACCAAUUGUUCAAAUGUUUGGUCGGUAUAGUUUUACCAUGUGCUGUUCAGGUUUUGAGAUGCAAGAUGCUGAAGAGCAGCAGAUAAAUCCGGCCAGUCGGCCCGAAAGUUUCCUUAAGCAAAUACUGCUUGCUGCUCGGAUCUGUGACAUCCCAUUGGAGGGUGAAAACUAUUCCAGAAAUUUGGAUAAUGAGUCAUUCCAACAGGUGUUAAAAAUGUCAAAGUUCUACUCGGAUGGACUUGAAAUGCCAUCGUUUUCUUUCAACUUUGUCAGAAUGGACAAAAAUUUGUUUGAGCCUCGCAACUGGGUCAGUUUUUCGCGCUUUGUGAGGCAAAUGUCAGCUAUCAAUAUGUUUCAAGCCAGCUUAGAUUCUGGUGGAGGCCACACGACCUUGUCUCCUCCAACAGCUUCUGCUUUUGCUGGAACAGUUCUUGCACUUUAGGAAGAGAAGCUUCACUUCGCCCGGACCUUUCCUUGCUACACAGGCACUGGAUACAAAUCUUUUAGCGUAUUGAUUCCUGGUCAGGUAAAUUUGGUAGGGUUUGAUUUCUGAGCCCACUGCAUUGCACAAUGAUAUGUUUCCUCCCUGAAUUUUGAGGAUGGAUGGCUGUGUUCAAGCUCACCUAGAUCUUUCUCUUGAACCAAUUAAUAUAUAUAUAUAUAUAUAUAUGCAUAUAA